AUGAAGUCCUUGCCUGAAUCAAUCUCCAAGGUGUUUCAAGAGGAAGGACGAUGGGUAUUGUCGAAGACGGGCAAUCGGUUCUCUGCGAUCCCUUUUGACCAGGCGCACGAGCAGGAGAACAAGGUCGUAAAGAGUGCAGGAGGAGCCGUUGGCCUUACGGAAAACCCUGUAGCCUUUAGGUAAACUUUAAUAUAUAAUUAUAAAAACUUCAUGUUACAACUGAAUUCGGUGCAUCGCGAAAUUCAUUUCCAAAAUGCUGGUUUUGUUUUAGACCUUAAAAAUAGCAUAGUAAAUCAAUCCAAUCCAUUCAAGCGAUUCCUGUAUUGACAGAAAUCCAUUUGACUGCAUUAGGGGACAGGGCAAGUAAUUGAUAACAGGGCAAGUAAUUCAUUGUCCUGGACGGUUUAAUCGACUAUGCGCUCUUAUGAAAACAAAAAUGGUCGCGAUGCAUUGAAUUCAGUUUGCAAGACAGACAGUUGUUCUGAAAAAUCUGAAUGCUUUAGUUACAAAAUAUGGAUUAAUAGAUCUAAAAGCAAUAUUUUUUUAAAAAAAAAAGUUUCAGCUGAGCAAUUAUUAUUUUUUAUUUUCUAUUUUCAGACGAUGGAUGCUUUCGGGCCCUGAGACAACAAGGCUUCUGCACCAGUUUGAAAGUCAAUAUCUAGAAGAUAGCGACGAGCGUGGUGGACGUCUCAACCACGAAAUGGGCCUCAGUGCGCAAAAGACGUUUAAGCAGCAGAUGAAUAAACUAGUAGAUGUAAUGAGAAAGAUGGGAAACCCUUUCCUCGACGACUUUCCUGAGUUGGUUACACUGGAUAGCCGUGAUUGUGCAGACGAUGACGUAGCUAAGGCAGUGAAGAACCUCGACACCCUUGGUCAGACCCAGUACAGGGAAUAUGUCAAGACAGUUAUAGAGGAUCGGACGAUCUCCAUUCACAACACCAUUAAGAGAAACAAUAUCCCCCUUUACAAGAAACGACCCCUGCGAAACAAAUCUAAACAGACGAAGAAAAUAGCUGCACUCCAAAAUAAUGUUGCACUCUUUGCACAGCUGUACAUAGCCAUGCAGAGCCGUAAUGCUGACCUCGAGGAGUUCUUCAGCCAUGAAGUUCAACCAUUCCCUCCCUCCUUAUCGGAAUUCGGCAAUCUUCGCCUACCAAGCGCUAAAUCGGAACUCCUCAAGUGCCUUAUUCCAUCGACUCAGGCAGAGCCUCCCACGCAAUUUGACUGCAGUGUUCUAGACGGAGCUGUCGUGGUCCAUUGCCUCCCCGUAACUGGUUCGAACACCUUUGAUGAUUACGCCCAUAACGUCUUCAUUCCACACCUCAGCAGACAGAGAAGUACAAGAGUGGACGUCGUCUGGGACACAUACAUACCUAAUAGUCUCAAGGAGUCCACCAGGGAGAAGCGAGGCAAAGGCGUUCGACGGAAAGUAGAUGGGGGUACUAAACUACCAUCCAACUGGGUGUCAUUCCUGCGUGAUCCGUUAAACAAAGAAGAGUCUCUCUCCUCCGCAGAGGCUUUAAUUGAGCCUCUGCACGAUGCCACACCCAAUAUGGCGGUAAACCGGGGGGGCGUAUAAUUAUCAAACGCAAAAUUCGAGUCAAAAUAUGACUGAGAAAAUAUCUCUUUACAAUACUGCAACAAGCUGACAAAGAGAUUAUUUACUAGCUCUACGAAAUAAGAAAGUGUUAUGUUCAGUUUGCGAGAAAACAUCUGCAUUUUUUCUACACAAGGUCUCCAUCUACAGUAUAAAACAAUGCACGGAAACAACGUUUUAGCGAACAGGUUUUGGUUGCAAGCGAAGAAACGUUUAUUCAAAUUUAUAUUUGACAUUUGUAUUUUUAGAAAUGUGUCCAAAACCGCAUAAAAGAAAAAAAUGAGUAUGUAUAGCAUACCGAACCAUUAUUAAAUUUAUUAUCAAGACUGAAAAUACAAUUCAACUAUUUCAACUUCAGCAAUAUUUAUAAACAAACGCGACCUUCAGUCGGUUUCGACCUAAUUUAUUUAGAGGUUCGUAUCUUUGGUUCAACAUACGCUAUGUAAAUGAAAAUACCACCGUUCGAUUCAGUACAAAAAUAUCUCCUAGUUUAUAUCGAUACUUUUAGUGAAAUGUCAACACUACAGCGAUUUAUGACCUUUGAAAGUCAAGCGGGAUUUUGUAUAUUAAUAUCAAAUCACGCAAUGUUUACACUUGAUAAAAAUAUAAACUAGGCAAAGUAGGCAUACCUUUCGGCGAACAUAACUUCGGAUCCUUGGGACGCAUCCUCCUUGUAUUACUCUUGUUCGAAAGCGAAUUCAAAACACUACUUAGAGUGCUAUUUUUGAGCUUGUAUCUUGAAAACUUCAUCUUUUAUUAUGGUAUGUCCAUUCCUGGUCUGAUUGUGCACUAAUUCCCGAACAUCAGCGUGUGACAGGCGCGUGCGACAUUGCGAGUAAAAACCCGAUAUUUUGAAAAAUUAAAAAUAAAUAUUUCUACUGGCCGUAUUCAAAAGAAAUUUUCUACACGAAAGCGCUUGAAUACAAGGAGUAUUUUACUUCUUUGACUGGUGGCGAAUUCCAAAGAGUUAAAGAAAUAUUCAAGUUUUUCUCGAUACGAAAUACAGAAUGUUUGGCCAAGCGGUGAGUAAAAUAUACGAUUGUUUGCUUUGUGUAUUAUUAAAUGUUAAAAAAUAUUACUUUUGACCAUCCACAAACAUGCAAGCACUAGUCAAUGAGGUCAAUCAAUCAUGCAUUAAAUAAUGAUUUAAUUUUCAAAAAGACAUUUCUUGUUUAGCUUAAAAAUCACCUUUUGUUUCGAUGUUUACACUUUGUCCCACUUUGUCCCACUUUGUCCCACUUUGCGAUGCAAAUCGUGCAGAGGCUUCGCGCCUUCCUUCGCCUUUCCCUUUGCCGCCUGCGCUCCUUCGCCCAGCGGCUACGCUCGUGUUCCAAGAUCCGCCAUGUAAAGUGUAGUGAAAUGUAUCUCAUCGUAAUAUUAAAUCCUAAGAAAACUAAAGCCUCUGCGGAAGAGAGAGAAGAAGAGUUGUUUCACUUCCUAUCGUUGAAGGUUGCUAGACAUAACUGGCCAGAGAGGAAGACAAUCCAUGUUACAUCAGGUAAACAUGCAACACAUAUGUCAGCUAUGAUACUCAACCAAAUUAUGUUGUAGGCGUCAUACAACAAAGUUAAUUAACUAACAAAUCUUUUGAACAAGCAAGCCUCCUAAGUGUUCUACUAAUAAUAAUAAUAAUAAUAAUUUAUUAAUUUAUAAAGCGCUAAAACUAUAAAUAUUCUAAAGCGCUAUCAUUACAAAUUCAAAUAAAAUGUUAUAAAGUAUGAGAUGAUACCUAUAUAUACAUGUUUAAAAAUUACUAUUAUAUUUAAAGAUAAAAUGCCUUUUUUAAAAAGAAAGGUCUUAAGUCUGUUUUUAAAAGUUUCCACUGUUGACGCCUCACGAAUGUCAGCGAGAAGUUCAAAUUUACUAUUAUAUUUAAAAAUAAAAUGCCUUUCUAAAAAGAAAGGUCUUAAGUCUGCUUUUAAAAGUUUCCACUGUUGACGCUUCACGAAUGUCAGCGGGAAGUUCAUUCUACAAAAAUGGACCAGCUUUGGCAAAAGCUCUGUCGCCAAACAUUUUCCUCAUUGUCUUAGGAACUAUCAGCAAAUUUUGCUCAUUCGAGCGCAGGCUGUAGCAACCAAUAUGCUUAGGUGUCAGAAGGUCUGAGAUAUAAGGCGGUGCAUUAGCACGAAGAGCCUUGUACACCAGCAACAAAAUCUUGAAAAUCACCCGAUACCGUACAGGAAGCCAAUGAAGGCCAAUCAAAACGGGAGUAAUAUGAUCGAAUUUGGGGAUUAAACAGACCACACGUGCUGCAGCAUUGAGAACUCUUUGUAACCUAUCAUAUUGAGACUGUGGAGACCAUAAAACAAUGAGUUACAGUAGUCCAGGUGUGAAGUAACAAAAGCAUGAACCAAAAUCUUUGUUGUAUCUUCUGAAAGGAAUUUCCUUAUCUGCCGGAUAUUAUAGAGGCUGCGAAACGCCUUACUACACACUUUUCCAAUGUGAAUAUCCAUCGACAUAUGUGAGUCAAACCACAUUCCGAGGCUUUGAACCACCUCCACAAGCUCGAUCGUAGAUUCACCAACUGUAAUUUCAUUGAUGUUAAUCUUUGACAUUUGCUGCUUUGAACCGAUGAUAAUAAAUUCAGUCUUGGAAUCAUUUAUCAAGAGACGGUUAGAAAGCAUCCAGGCACGAAUGUCAGCAACACAGUUUUCAAUACUCUUUAGUGCAGCAUCUUGUGAUAAAGAUGUAUCCGGCCGAAACGAAUGAUAAAUCUGGGUGUCAUCUGCAUACGUAUGUGCAUAGACAUAAGACAUAGACUAAGACAUAAACGCACAUCAAUGCUCCAUUCUAGGACCUUUGUUGUUUUUGGUUUAUGUGAAUGAUCUACCAAGUUGCAUUAUUAAUAACUCGAAUAUUGCACUUUUCGCUGAUGACUCGAAAUUGUAUCGGGCGAUGGACAUAAAUUAUGACCAUAACUUACUUCAAGCCGAUUUAGACUGUCUACAUACAUGGAGCCUCAGUUCGGGAUUAGACUUCAAUUCGCGGAAAUGCAAAGUAUUACAUAUUUCAAAGAAAAGGUUAACUCGGGAAAUGAAUGGAAAUUACAGUCUUGGUGACCAACCGAUUGAGUGUGUGCGUUCAUUUGUCGACCUCGGGAUUACUAUAUGCCACAAUUUAUCGUGGGCAGAUCAUAUUGAGAAAAUUGUUGUUAAAGCUAACAGGACCCUUGGGCUAAUGAAAAGGAUUUUCCGUGAUUUGCAAGAUAUACAAACUAGAAAAAUAAUAUACUGUGCUCUUGUACGACCCAAGCUGGAAUAUGGUAGUAGUCUUUGGUCGCCUUACAUCAAGAAAUACGUGAAAUUAAUUGAAAAUGUCCAGAGAAGAGCUACCAAGUUUAUUCUAAACUAUCCUGAAGAUAUGAAGUAUAUUGAUAGAUUGAUAAAACUAAACUUAUUGCCUUUAGAACACCGUAGACAAAUUUCAGACUUAACAUUUUUCUUUAAAUCGAGAAAUGGCUUGGUAACCACCGACAUUAAUAAAUUUUUGACAGUGUUUGAGCCCGGGUAUCGAACACGUAAUUAUGACAUAAAUAACUAUAAUCUAAUUAUAAAACAUAAGCAAGAUUAUUACAGGAAAUCUUACUUCAUAAGAACAGCCGAACUCUGGAACACUUUGCCAUCUCAGGUGAAACAGUGCGAAUCCAUUCGAACAUUCAAGACUGCCAUUUAUAACUUUUAUUCAUCUAAGUGUUUGGACUAUUGUCCUCCUUAGUAUAGUAUUACCUACUCGCUUAUUUAUUUAUUUGAUUUUAUAAUUUAUUGUUGUUUCUCCGAUAUUUUUGGAGUUUUAUGUAAAGGGGUUUUGUUGCAAUUGGGACGCAAGUCCUCUUCAAACUCCUGUCAUAUACUUAUAAUUAAUGAUAUUAUAUGUAAUAUAUGGCAAAUUCAUUAAACUAAACUAAACUACCGAAAUAAUUUUUCUCCAGGUACUCCUGUGAUUUCCAUUGGCUCUGCGACCGCAAUGACAAAUUGUACUCACGAAGAGGCGGAUACGAGGAUUGUGGUCCAUAUCCUUCAUGCCAUCCAAGUUGAAAAGGCAAAAACAGUCCUCGUCCGAACCGUGGAUAACGAUGUCCUAGUCAUCUUGGUGGGAAAGCUUCAUGACCUGAAAGAAGUCCAGCCGGAACUUGAUCUGUGGCUUGCCUUUGGUAUGGGUCGAAACUUUCGCUUCAUCAGCGUCUGCCUGUAUUCCACGCAUUAACUGGAUGUGAUACCACCUCCGGCUUCUUCGGGAAAGGAAAGAAGUCGGCUUGGCAGGCAUGGGAGAUCUUUCCAGAGGUCACGCCCACAUUCGAAAUGCUUGCCAAGACGCCAUUUAUGCAACUUACGACAGACUCGCCCCUCUUCAAACAGAUCGAGAGAUACACGGUAAUUAUGUACGAUAAGCUCAGUCCCUUAUCUGACAUCAACCUGACCCGGAUGGAGUUAUUCUGCAAGAACGGUAGAACAAUGGACAAGCUCCCGCCUACACAGGUAAAUAUUACUUGUUUCUUUAUCGUAAUUUUUCUAGGUUUCACCUAACAGGGGCGGACAUGAGGGGAAGGGCUCAAGGUUACCUAGCCCUUAAACUGGUACUAUUCACAACGAACCGUCUUUCUAUGAGACUAGUACCAAUCUCUUCCUAACUAAUCCUUAAUAACAUCGACACUGUUGUUAUUUGCAGGAUGCCCUUUUGCAGCAUGUUCGUCGCGCCGUUUUCCAGGCCGGGAUCUGGACAGUCAGCGAUCAGCCACAGCCACAUGUGCCAUCACCAGGGCAGUUCUCGUGGUCUGAAGACGAUGGCAAAUGGGUUCCGAAAUGGAUAACCAUACUCGAAGUAUCCAAGGCUUGUA